GGAGAAGCUGCCCUACGCGAAGGCUAACGACGCGCAGUGGCUGCCGCAGGUGUUGGGCGGAGGCCCUGGGCAAGAGAGGGUGCACUGGCACUCCAGCCGCACGCUGCACACAAGCCGCACUUCGGCGCACGUCGACCUCGAGCAGUGGAACGCCACGGCGGCGGCGGACGAGGAGGUCGCGGGGGCCAGACACACCCGGCAGCGGAGCUUCCCGCCAGGGGGGCGCCGAGGCCCCGGCGCUGCCCAGGAGGUGCACCGUCCUCCCCGGCGACGCCCUGUUCCUGCCGGCCUACUGGCACCAGCAGCGGCGCUCCUUCGGGGGCCCAGACGCCGGGGCCCGGUGCGGAUGUGUGGACGCCGCCGUGGACUUCUGGUACCGGGCCCCCCCGCGAUACACACGGAGCCGGAGGCCGCCGAGGCGGCGGCGGCGACGCUGGCGCGGUCGGCGGAGCUCUGACAGCCCGCGGCGAGGCGGGCGCACGCCGCCCCGCGCGGCAGCAGAGAGGCCUCCCGCGGCUGCGCGGCGGGC